UCCCAUGCGGCAUCGAGUCCGACCCGGAAGUUUAAAUUUCGCUCUCUACGGGAAGAGUGUAGUGAAUAAAAGUACACCUAAGAACACAAGCACGCGGGGUUUUUGUUGUUUUUAGAUGAGUAAUUGCUGUCUUGCCUCAGUGGGAGCCAUCUUUCAGAAAAGCGGCUUCUUUAAACCCCAAAACGCGUCCCUGAGCUUCUGUAGGCAGGGUGGCGCUCGGGCCAGAAGGCGGAGGUCACCGGACCGAAUUGGCGGGAGAAUAAGAUUGGAGCCCUGGAGCUGAAGCUGCCCCGACUUCUUAAGGUUCGUGGACGCGGGAGUAAUGUGAGGAUUCUUAUUCUCUCAAAAGUUACCCAGAGCAAAACAUAGGCAGUGCCACUGUGGUGGCAGAAGAUAUCCUGGGAGGAAGCACAUUUGCCGUGUACUUGAGGAAACUGGUGACCUCUGAUGGCUCCUGUGAAGAUCAGCCAUGUAGUAUCAUUUUCCUCUCAGGAUCCCAAGUAUCCUGUGGAGAACUUGCUGAACCCAGACAGUCAUAGGGGACCUUGGCUUAGCUGUCCUCGGGACAAGAGUGGGAAACUGAAAGUGGAACUUCAGCUGGAGAGGGUGGUCCCCAUAAGUUACAUCGAUGUCGGUAACUGUGGCUGUGCUUUCCUGCAGAUUGAUGUGGGUCGUUCUUCCUGGCCCCUGGACAGACCUUUCGUCACCCUUCUCCCUGCAACCAUGCUAAUGUCCCUCGCUGAUUCAAAGGAGGGCAAGAACCGCUCCGGAGUCCGGAUGUUUAAAGAUGAUGAUUUCCUGACUCCAGCCUCAGGAGAAUCAUGGGAUCGACUUCGACUGACCUGCUCGCAACCUUUCACACGUCACCAGUCCUUUGGCCUGGCCUUCCUCCGGGUGCGGUCCUCUCUGGAUCCCUCAGCUGACUCUGUGGUGGAUCUCCCUGCCCUGAGAGGCUCUGGACCGACUCAGAACUCUUCGGAUAUGCUGGAGUCUGAGCCUAGGCCCUGGCUGACUAAUCCUUCUAUCCGGAGGACAUUCUUCCCAGAUCCCCAGACGAGCACCAAGGAAAUUUCAGAGCUCAAGGGUAAACUGAAGCAGUUGCAGCCAGGGCCGCUGGGGCGGGCAGCCCACAUGGUGCUUUCUGCUGCCAACAGGGCACCUCCGGCCGGGGUGGUGAGCCCAAAGAACGGCCAUGGGCAACCAGGUCCCAGUCAUCCAAAGAGUGCAGAGCCCAGAGCAGAAGAACAAAACAGGAAGAAUGAUGUGGGCAGAAGGAAGAGAAGGAAAUUGCAGGACCAAAGACCGUUGUCCACCUCAAGUUCUCAGCCAGAUAGGAGGCGGGCAGCAAGAACAAGGCAGAGGCGGCACCGACCUCAGACCAAGAACGACGAAGGUGUGCAGGCGACUGGACAGUGUCCCAUCUGCACAGGCUCCUUCAGCAUCGAGACUCUCCCUUUGCAUGCUGCCACUUGUGGAGACAGCUCCCCAUCCCAGCCAUCUUCUCCCUCCUCCUCCUCGUCUUCCUCGCCAUCUGUGCUGUGGGUGUCCUCCCCAGAGAGCUCACCGUCGCCUUCCUGGGUCCAGUGCCCUAUUUGCGAGUUACGGUUCUCAGCAAGAGAAAUAGAAGAACAUGCCAGCAUGUGUGGGGAAGUUUGUCCAGCCUGAGCCACGAGGUUCUGUUGACCUUUAAUGUCAGAGCCUGGGGAAUGGGUCUCUUGUGGCUAAGAAGGGUUGGUUCCCCUGCCUUCCCCUGUUACCUCAGAACUCUGCCUGCCUGAGGACACUUCUGGACCCAGCUUGCUCCCCAUUCCUGGUUGUCAAGGCUUUGUCUCUAUGGUACCCAAUUCUCAUAAGGACAAUUUCCCCUUGGAACUUCUUUAGUAGAAUUGGUGAUCUCUCCAAGGCCUUAGGACACUACACUAUCUCGAAUGUGUUUCCCUCAGUGAAUGGUACUUAUCCUCCUGCCCAUUUUCCUGAAAGGAAAACUGAGGCUUGGUCAGAAGGAAAAUGUGGCCUGGAAAUAAUAAAGUCCCAUGAUGUUCUCUGGAA